CAUACAUCGUUUCUGCCGGUUGAGGUUUUUGAAAAGCCUAUCUGGACUGUCCUAUCGAGUCGCUUAUCAAGUUAUAAGCUUGACCUUAAAUACUUUUUAUUUGAAAGGUCAUCUCAGAAGUUUCGUGAAGUGACGCACAAUAGAUUUGUUUGCUGUUACUGAUCGUGUGUGACAUCGAAGCUUCCUUUGACAUGACAGAUCAGUAGCCAACAUUUAUUAUGUCAACUAAAGGUCAUGUGCGUGAUCGCAGCAAAGUUUAGCAUUGUUUGAGAUGGCCACAACAGGCGAAGUAGUUCUGUUGAACAGCUGAUUUGUAGAUGGUCAUAUAACGAUGAUCCGUCUGGUUUGCAUGGACUUGUUGAUCGAACAUGACUCGUGAAGCUCCACACGGAUUCCCAGCAGCACAAGUUUUGGUGGAACUCGCGGUUAAUCAGCCUUUCCGAACGGACAAUAGAAGAAGCCAUGGCAGUUUACACGUCUGCUUCGAUAAGAAGAUAAAACAGACGGCUUUUAACAACUUUUUGUUGAGUCAUACGCCUUACAGAUGUUCUCUAGGAAGACAGAAAGAGUCCAGAUCAGAUACAAAACAAAGAGCAAAACCAAACAACAGAGAUCGACCUCCAGACACUUCCUCGGGCUUGUGUCUUCCAAGGAUACCUGUGGCUUCUGUCGAGUCUCUUACCGGACAGAUGUUCUUACAAGAGGAGAACUUAAACAAAGGAGCCGAUAAUUGUUUUAUUGACUUCUACAGCGGAGACGAGGAGCCUAUCAAUUUUCUGUCGUGUAAAUCUAUCUCAGAAAAUCGAAACUAUGAAACAAACACUUCACGAACAUCGUUGAAAUCUAAGGAGAGAGGAUUAACGCGUUUACCACAAAUCUCAAAGAAAGGGGAUUGCUCCUCUUUUCUGAAGACUCGUGAUAAACAUCAUGAUUCGUUUCAUCAUGAAGAACUGUCGAAUGCGCAGAAUUAUAACGCAAAGACUAAAAGCAUCGCCAUUAAUCGAAAGCGGAACAAUCCAUCGCAUGACCAAGAAGUUACUAAGGUGAUGGAAGACGGAGCGCGCAUUACAGUUUAUCAACGGAGACUUUCUAUCGAAGUUUUUAUGCCAAGGACUUCGUAACCAACAAAUUAAGGGAUUAAGCGAAUAUUUACGUCAAAAUUUGAAUAAUCUAUUCGAGUGAAAUGCGUGAGCAAUUUAGGAGGAUGAGUCAAGGAGAACAGAAAGCCAAUUAAAUACGGAUUUGUUUCCGUACCUAAAAUUUAGCUAAUUACAGGCGGAGUAAAAAAUAAUGUCUCAUUUACACCUUCAAGGCAGGGUGCAUUUAACGAUAGCGGCGUUAAAAAGACGAACAGUAAAACAGUGAAGUUUGAUUCUGAGCCACGUGUAACUGCAGAAGGAACAAAACUGAAAACAUCAGACAGUCAUAAUGGUGAUAUGAUCUCUAACACUUGUCACUAGAGUGGAACCUCGAUUUAACGAAAUACCAAAACACUGGGGAAAUUGGUUCGUUAUAUUGAGUGUUCGUUAUAUCGAAAUCCUCGAUUUAACGAAUCUGCAGGGAAACAAUUAAAUUGUUCGUUUUAUCGAGGGCUCAUUAAUAAUUAAAUUUUAAUUUUGUAUUAUUA